AUGUGUCAGGAGAAAUUGGUACAAGAAGCCGUGGAUACACUUCUUUAUAAUGGAAUCCACGGACAACCAAUGAGGGACGGUCAUAAUAAGGCUUACAGGUCAUUUUCAGAUGUAAUUGGAGGCAAAGAAGGAAGAUUUCAUGAGACUUUACUUGGAAAACAUGUUGAUUAUUCGGGGCAUUCUGUCAUUUUCAUAGGAGUUGCUAAGAGUAAAAUUCAGGAAAAAGAGUCGAUUGUAUGGGAAAUACUUCAGGAAGUUAUGCAAGGGCACCCCGUAUUGCUGAAUAGGGUGCCUACUCUGUAUAGAUUAGGCAUACAGGCCUUCCAACCCAUUUUAGUCAAAGGACAUGUUAUUUGUUUACAUCCAUUAGUUUGUAGGGGAUUCAAUGUAGACUUUGAUGGGUAUCAAAUGGCUGUUCAUGUACCCUUAUCUUUGGAGGCUCAAGCGGAGGCUCAAUUACUUAUGUUUUCUCAUAUGAAUCUUUUGUCACCAGCUAUUGGAGAUCCCAUUUCCGUACCAACUUAA